ACAUUUAUAAUUUUGUCCCUAAUUUUGUGCAGUCUCACUACCAUUUGAAUUUUAAUUUAAACUAUCGGCAAAUAGUUGCAGUGAGUGUCCUGUCUUUAAACUUCCGUUUUUGUCAUUUGCGUUGAUACUCAACGACAAACACCCCACAGAUACAUUUUCCAGAAAGUGUAUUCAGAGAGUGUGUUCAGAAAUUGGAAUUUUCGAGGAAUUGUGAACGCACCAGCCAUUCUGAGCGGAGUAGGAGCGUCAACAUGGUGAAAUUCGGUCUCCAGUUUAAGGCCACCCUGGAGAAUGUCACCAACGUGAGACCACUGGGUGAGGACUUCCGCUGGUUCUUAAAGCUGAAGUGUGGAAACUGCGGCGAGAUCCCGGAUAAAUGGCAGUAUGUGACGCUGGUGGAGAGUGUACCCCUGAAAGGAGGCAGAGGAAGUGCCAGCAUGGUGCAGAAGUGUAAACUUUGUGCCAGGGAGAAUUCAAUUGACAUCCUGAAAGAAACCAUUACGUCUUAUAAUACCCCGUGUGUGUCUUUGUGUAUUUCUGGCAUGAAGGCGGCUGACAACGAAACCUUCAAGACAAUGGUGCAGUUUGAGUGCCGAGGCAUGGAGCCUAUUGACUUCCAGCCACAGGCUGGCUUCGCCGCAGAGGGAGCAGAGUCUGGAACGCAGUUUCCUGAGGUCAACCUGUUAGAGAAAGAUUGGACGGACUACGACGAGAAAGUCAAAGAGUCGGUAGGCAUCUACGAGGUCACCAGCAAGUUCAUAAAGUGCUGAUGUUGUUCUGUGACGAGCGUUGGAGGUGUCUGAGUGGAGCACGACAGCCAAACCCCCCUGGUCCGGUUUCCCGAUUAGCCAGUGGUGAAAGGUGUGGAUUACCGCGACGGGAGGCCCUUUCAGAUCUCAUGGACUGAUUGAAAUGUUCAAUAAGCAAGGAUUUUUUUUAUUGCAUCAAUAAAAAGGAAGGAUGAACAUUUCAAAUGAAUGUUUUUUUUUGUCAUUUUGGUUUUGUUGUCCACUAAAUAGAGAC